CCGAAAAUUCAAAAUGGCGGAAACACAUGUCGAUGAACCCAAACAGCGACCUAAAGUUGGAGUUGGUGUCAUAGUAACUCACCCAGAUCAUCCGAAUCGAGUUCUGCUAGGUAUUAGAAAGGGUUCUACGGGUGAAGGGUUAUACGGAUUCCCCGGGGGUCAUCUAGAGUUUGGUGAAUCAUGGGAAGAUUGUGGUAUAAGAGAAACUCUAGAAGAAACUGGUUUAAAGUUAAAGAAUGUUUUCUAUGCUACAGUAGUAAACGCUAUAAACGUAGAAGAACAAGUAGAGAAAUAUCAUUAUGUAACUUUAUUUGUACAAGGAGAAGUUGAUACAUCAUAUAAACAAGAACCGGAAAACCUCGAACCAAAUAAAUGUUUAGGAUGGAAAUGGGUAGAUUGGGAUAAUUUUCCGCCAUUAUCUAAACUAUUUUGUAGUCUACGAAUAUUUAAAGAAGAAAAUAGAUACAAUCCUUUCAUGAAGAAAUCUGGUUGAACUGAAAACAUAUUCUUGUUUUAUUAUGAGAUCUCUUAAUUAUCAAAGCCUUUCAUCAUGUUCCAUAUUGUUGUAUAUUUAAAUCAAUAAAAUGUAUAAAA